AUGAGCCUGUACCCCGCCGUCAACCAAGCCGAGCUCCUCCAGAAGACGUCGCGGUACCUGGCCAGAUACGGCACGGCCUUCCACAGCGACAUCAUGACCGGCGCCAAGGGCAUCUACGUGUACACGGCCGAGGGCCGGCGCGUGCUGGACUGGACGUCGGGCCAGAUGUCGUGCCUGCUCGGACACGGCCACCCCGAGAUCGUCGCCACCAUCGCCGCCCACGCCGCCAAGCUCGACCACCUCUUCAGCGGCAUGGUCUCGCCGCCCGUGCUCGACCUCGCCGAGCGCCUGUGCACACUCCUCCCGCCGGGCCUCGACAAGGUCUUCUUCCUCUCCACGGGCGGCGAGAGCAACGAGGCCGCCAUCAAGAUGGCCAAAGUCUACACGGGCCGCUUCGAGAUCGUCGGCGUCGGCGGCUCGUGGCACGGCUGCACGGCGCAGGCCCUCGGCGCGCAGUACCACCACGGCCGCGCCGGCCAGGGCCCCACCAUGCCCGGCAUGUUCAUGCUACCGGCGCCCAACGCGUACCGCAGCCCGUUCCGCAAGACGGACCCGGCGACGGGCCUCGACGCGUACGACUGGGAGGCCGAGCUCGACUACGGGUGGCAGCUCAUCGACACGGCGUCCUGCGGCAGCCUGGCGGCGUGCAUCGUCGAGUGCAUCCAGUCGUCGGCCGGCAUGCACGUGCUGCCGACGGGCUACCUGGCGGCGCUCAAGCGGCACUGCGCGCGCCGCGGCAUGCUGCUGAUCGUCGACGAGGCGCAGACGGGCAUCGGCCGCUGCGGCGAGCUGGUUGCCGUCAACUCGCCCGACUUUGGCGGCGCCGUCCCCGACAUCCUGACCCUCAGCAAGACCCUCGGCAACGGCCUGCCGCUCAGCGCCGUCGUCACCAGCGCGGAAAUCGAAGCCGUCUGCACCCAGCGCGACUUCAACUUCUUCACCACGCACGUCAACGACCCGCUGCCGGCCGCCGUCGGCGCAAAGGUCCUCGAGAUCGUCGUGCGCGACGGCCUCGUCGCACAGUCUCGCGCCAGCGGCAGACGAUUGCAGGCCGGGCUGAUGGCCCUCAAAGCGCGCUACGGCUGCGUCGGCGACGUGCGCGGCCGCGGCCUGAUGGCGGGAAUCGAGAUCGUCGCCGACCGCACGACGAAGCAGCCGGCGCUCGAGCUGGCGUCGCGCAUCGCCGACCGCGCGUACAAGUUGGGUGUGUGGGCGAAUCUCAGCUCGCACCCGAGUUUUGGGGGCGCGUUCCGCAUCGCGCCGCCGAUCACGAUCCAGCCGGCCGAGAUCGACGAGGGGUUGAGGAUUCUCGAGCAGGCGUUUGCGGAGACGGAAGGGUCGCUGCCGCUGUAUUGA